AUGUCGCCCGCCAUGCUGUGGGAUGUUCCCAACCCGCACAACCGUGAAGAGUAUACUCAAGCCCUGCAUGCGUGGGCAACGAGACGCAGGGCUGAGAGCUGGUCGCCCAUCGCGCCAGGUCACGAGCUUUGCUUCGGAGCACAAUCGACGUUCGACUUCUUGCCACUUCCUAGCUACCAGGUGGCGCAGAGUUCUUACCUGGGUCAGCCCCUUGCGCCCUCUGAGCUCGGCGUGUGUGUGAUGCUCACGACAUGCCAUACGAAGGCCCAGUCAAGCCUAUGCAUGACACCGGGAGUCUACUUGCUCAGUCCGGAUCCCGGUCCAGACACCGAACAGUAG